AUGACGUCCCGCAAAACGCAGCAAGAGAUCGACAAGACCUUCAAGAAGGUCGCGGAAGGCAUACAGACAUUUGAGGGCAUCUAUGAAAAGAUCCGCUCAACAUCGAAUCCUACCCAGCGAGAUAAGCUGGAGGAGAACCUGAAACGAGAGAUCAAGAAGCUACAGCGAUUCCGCGAUCAGAUCAAGUCAUGGGCUUCCGGUAAUGAGGUCAAAGACAAAGGGCCGCUGCUCGAGCAGCGCAGAGCAAUCGAAACUUGUAUGGAGCAGUUCAAAGCCGUGGAAAAGGAGAUGAAGACCAAAGCGUAUUCCAAGGAAGGCCUUUCCGCUGCGUCGCGACUCGAUCCCAAAGAAAAAGAAAAACUCGAAGCGUGCGACUUCCUAUCGACCUGCGUGGACGAACUUCAACUGAAGAUCGAGGCGAUGGAGGCCGAAGAGGAGACCCUCCACGUGCAGAUGAAGAAGGGCAAGAAGGAUAUCACCAAGACAAAUCGUUUAUCGGACCUCUCGCGAAUACUGGAGCGACAUAAGUGGCACGUCAACAAACUCGAGUUGCUGCUACGAGCCCUUCAGAACGGCGCGGUCGAAACCAGCCAGGUGGUGGAUCUGAAGGAGAGUAUCAAGUACUACGUGGAUGAUGGACACAAUGUCGAUUAUUGCGGAGAAGACGAGACACUCUAUGACGAUCUCAAUCUGGGCGAAGAUACCGAGGCGCAGUUUGGAAUGGUUGGGGACAACGAUCGCGUUUCGUCGCAGGACACACAAUCGAUCCAGGAGGACGAGCCGGAAGUGAAGGCGAAAUCGUCGAAAGCUGACGCUAGUGGGCUCCGCCGGCCAUCAGCGCAGAUGAAGUCACCUUUGCCAGUUCUCGCAACACUUCACCCUCCAACAUCCACAAACGCCACCUCUGGCAUGAAACCCGCCCCUCCUCCAACUCGUCCCCCCGGCGAGACUCUCAAAUACGCGUCAGCAGCGGCUGCCGCAGCAGCGAGCGACAAAAACGGUGUCGGUAUUGCCCCUCUGCCCCCACCGCCUGGCACGAGCCCUGCCUAUACCGCCGCCAUCCCAGUUUCGAGAGCGUCAUCCACAGCAUCGCCAGUUGUGUCUUCGGUCCAACCAGUAUCGAAAGCGGUAGCGACCGCCACCGAAGAGCCUGGUGGACACGGUCGGUCCAAGACUCCAGCUCUCAGCCCCAGCGCGGCGGCGACGCCUGCAGCGGCCAGUGCUUCGAAUACGGUGCCCUCUACUCCAGCGAUGGAUAAGGCGAACGCCGCGGCUGCCAAGGAACAGCCAGCGACAGCCAACGGCGAGACAGCCAAGGAAGAUGAGCAGCGUGACGAGUCGAUAUACCAUCUGCCUCCCGGGCUGCAGGAUUUGAUCCAGUCAUUUGAGAUCACCAAGAGCCGCGCGGCGAACAGUGCUUCCAGCUCGUCACCGUCGGUCCAGCGGCUGCUCGCAGCAUCACUGGCGACUUGCCCGGAGCCUGCCGAUGCAGAGAAGCCCCGUCAUUACCGACCCUCGAAUCCUUACAACACCCCUCUCUACUACCCGCAAGAACCCCUCGCCAUAUUCGAUGAUCCUCGUCUGUAUGACACUGGACGGAUCGAUACCGAUACGCUUUUCUACUUGUUUUACUACCGUCAGGGAAGCUACCAGCAGUACCUGGCGGCCAAGGCGCUCAAGAACCAGAGCUGGCGCUUCCAUAAACAGUACCAGACCUGGUUCCAACGCCAUGAGGAGCCGAAGAACAUCACCGAGGACUAUGAACAGGGUACAUAUCGAUUCUUUGAUUACGAGAGUACCUGGAUGAACCGGCGCAAGGCGGAUUUCAAAUUUAUCUACAAGUAUCUGGAGGAUGAAUUAUAA